UGACAGUCGAUCAACAAAUCGCGUUUCUUUUGCAAAAACACAAACAAAAAAGAAAAUGUCAAAAACUCAUGCAUCCGCAGUCCACAUCGUAAAUGCCGCGAAUACGUGUGUAAACAACGAGAUAUUCGUGCGUAAAUUCUGCUAUCGGAAAAAACAUUAGCAUAGGAAGUAACCUCAAUCACUUGUAUGCUCGAUCUGCGCCCCAUAGCCAAAGUUAAUCAAACAAGACAAUGUCCGGCAUUCUAUUUGAGGAUAUUUUCAACGUCAAGGACAUGGACCCGGAGGGCAAGAAAUUCGAUCGUGCCAGCCGAUUGCACUGCGAGUCCGAAUCCUUCAAAAUGGAUUUGAUUCUGGACAUCAACUCCUGGCUGUACCCGAUGGAGUUGGGAGACAAAUUUCGGCUUGUGUUGGCCACGACUCUACAUGAGGAUGGAACACCCGCCAGUAUGGAAUACAAUGCCGCGGAAAUCGAAGGAUCCCGAGCGGACAGUUUCGAGUACGUGAUGUUCGGGAAGGUCUACCGGAUCGAAGGUGACGACGCGCAGCUGGAAUCGGCGAACAGGCUGUCGGCAUACGUUUCGUUUGGCGGCUUGCUGAUGCGACUGCAAGGCGAUGCCAACAAUCUGCACGGGUUCGAGAUCGAUCAGCACAUGUACUUGCUGAUGAAGAAGUUGGCGUUCUAAAAUGGGUAGGUUCUCGGGGGAUUUGAGAUUGAAUGGACUUAAAUUUAAUAAUAUUUAACUAUUAACGAA